UUAGUUACUUUAAAUGAAUACAGUUUAAUCUUUAAAUGAUUAUAUUUGAGAAACCAAGUUUGUCUUUUUUUUUAAUUGAGAAUACCUUGUUCUAGACUUCUAGUAAUGAUAGAAACAGGCUAUAAAUUAAGUGAGUAUAAUGCAUAUAUGCAACGACCAUAGAAGUCUAGAACAAGGUAUUCUCAAUUAAAAAAAAAAAGCCAACUGAAGAACAAGUGAUGCAUAUCAGAAAACUACAUGCCGCCAUGUUUGCCAGUCCCGGAAUGGGCCACGUCAUGCCGGUGAUGGAGCUAGCUAAGCGUCUCUCCGCGAACCACGGGUUUAAAGUCACCGUAUUCGUCCUCGAAACUGACGCAGCCUCCGUUCAGUCAAAGUUCCUAAACUCAACCGGUGUGGACCUCGUCGAUCUUCCUUCGCCGGACAUUUCUGGUUUAGUGUACCCGGAAGACCGUUUGGUGACCAAGAUCGGAGUCAUUAUGCGUGAAGCCGUUCCAGCCCUCCGAUCCAAGAUCUCUGCCAUGCAUCAAAAGCCAACGGCUCUGAUCGUCGACUUGUUCGGCACAGAUGCAUUAUGUCUCGCAGCGGAACUAAACAUGUUGGCUUAUGUGUUUUUCGCUUCCAACGCGCGUUUCCUCGGAGUUUCCAUGUAUUAUUCAACUUUGGACAAAGAUAUCAAAGAAGACCACGCAGUGCAAAGAAACCCGCUCGCUGUACCGGGGUGUGAACCGGUUAGAUUCGAAGAUACUAUGGAUUCAUAUUUGAAUCUUGACAAACCGGUGUCCCGGGAUUUGGUUCGUCACUAUCUGGCUUACCCAAAGGCUGAUGGAAUUUUGGUGAAUACAUGGGAAGAGAUGGAGCCCAAAUCAUUGAAAUCUCUUCAAGACCCAAAACUUUUGGGUCGGGUCGCUCGUGUACCAGUUUAUCCGGUCGGUCCGUUAUGCAGACCGAUAAAAUCAUCUAAAAACGCACAUCCGGUUUUUGAUUGGUUAAACGAACAACCAGAUGAGUCGGUUCUUUAUAUCUCCUUCGGGAGUGGUGGUUCUCUUACAACUAAUCAGUUAACCGAAUUGGCGUGGGGGCUCGAUCAGAGCCAGCAAAGGUUCGUAUGGGUGGUUCGACCACCGGUUGACGACUCCUCUUACAGUGAGUAUAUCUCCGGUAGUGGCGGUGGUACCAAAGACCACACGCCAGAGUAUCUACCGGAAGGGUUCGUGACUUGUACUUGCGAUAGAGGUUUCUUGAUCCCAUCAUGGGCACCGCAAGUUGAAGUCCUGGCCCAUCGGGCCGUUGGUGGGUUUUUAACCCAUUGUGGUUGGAGCUCGACGUUGGAAAGCGUCCUUGGCGGCGUUCCGAUGAUAGCAUGGCCGCUUUUCGCCGAGCAGAAUAUGAAUGCGGCGUUGCUCAGAGAUGAACUGGGAAUCGCCGUCAGAGUGGACUAUUCAAAGGAGGCGAUUUCUAGGUCGAAGAUUGAGGCGUUGGUGAGGAAGGUCAUGGCUGAGGAGGAAGGUAAGGAGAUGAGAGAGAAAGUGAAGAAGUUGAAAGAGACGGCGGAGAUGUCGCUGAACAUUGACGCUGGUGGUUUGGCGCACGAGUCACUUUGCAGAAUCACGGAGGAGUGUCAACGGUUUUUGGAACGUGUCGGGGGCUUGGGAACUGGUGCUUAGAUCAUGUGCAUUGUUAGUUUCUCACUAAAUUUCUUAUUAACGAAAGAAAUAAUAAAAUAUAAAAUAAUAAUUUUUAUUGUAAAAGUUUGUUAAAACAAGAGAGUAAGUUUCUCCAAGAUUCUCAUUUA